AUGGCUGUGACAACCCUCGACAUUGAAACUUCUCAACUUUUAUUUACAGAGAAAAAUAAAAAAAUAAAUGUAAAGAACGAGAAUACUAUUUACUUGAAGCCUUUUCCUGUGUUGAUGCGAGAAGAAGAAAAGACGAGUAGAAUUCGUCUUCUGUUUGUUCUUAUUUGGUUAAGUCAAGAAAAGCUAAAGCAUAAAGCAGAAAGAAACUACAAAAGGUCAAACGACUCAAGUCAUAUAGGCAUGCAACUAUUUACUACAAUUAACAUGAACAAAAUAAAGGCAAAAGAAAAUCAUCAUUUUCACCCUCUUGUGUAUAAUCAACAUCGAGAAGAAGAAAAAAAAAUCCUCACACAAAUCGAAGACAAAUGA